AUGGUUUGCCACGAACAGGUGAGCGUCGCUGCUGUAUCCAUCGCUGAGAGCAGUCCACAAAUCAUCGAGCCUACGAUAGGUGACGUCGCAUCAACCACCACUUGGUGCUGCUCGAAGAAGCUCUUCGCAUCAUUUCACGUCAACAUCGCAAACACUGCCUCGGACACAUCAGACACACCACGCACACCAGCAACCCUACCUUCGCCACAUGACCGGCGGUUUCACGACGUCGGAGUUGUAAGCAUGGCUGGCGAUUCCAUCUUUGACGAUGAGUGGGAUGCGUUCCGUGGGAGCAUGACCUCGAUGGACGAGCUGGGUUUUGAGCUCGAUUCUUUCUAUGGGCCGGAUGAGCAGGCGCUCGCUACGACUGUUGGUGUUCAAUCCGGACAUGCUGCAGACCGUACGCUCGAACAUGAGCCCGCGACUCAGCAAGACCAGGCUUCGAGCCUGGUGCACGAACCGGAGCAGACCGCUCAGCAUCAUACCAACAGCCCGGGACUCCAGCCAAGCACUGCGGAGAACGUUCCUCAGCCUGACACAUUCGAAGAGAACGUCGUCGUCAACUCACCUCCUCGCACUGGGGGUCUUGAGGAUGCUAUUGAGGGCGUUGAGACCGCGAUUGAUGGUCAUGACGUUGCAUCAACAGAUCCUGUCCCUCAACUUCACCUCAUCCCACACGCCCAACCGGCGACCACCACGACCACCACGACCACCACGACCACCAACUCCGACCCAACAGCUGCCGAUCAGACAGCAACUCAAGAAUCAGACCAAGCAGAGAGCGCUCAUCCAGAGCACUUUCUUGGUGAGGCACUAGCACGUGAUCCAUCUAGCACUGGAGGCGACCAGCAAGACUCACACUACCAGGCUGAGCCUGUCGUCAGUCAAGCACAACCUCACACUGGCGAGCUCAACGAGCACGACAGCAACAACACCCAUGCGAACCCAGAUAGCGUGCCAGAGCCCGCCGACGUCAUCCUCAGUCCUUCAAAAGAGGCCAAAGAGGCAAGUGGUAGCGAUGAGCUUGCCGGUCCCGUCGGAGAGCGCUUCAUAUCUCGCCACGAUAGCAUUGUCGAAUCUGAAGCAGUAGCGGAAGCCGGAGAGGAGACCCCGCUGCCAGACAAGCAGACCUCGGAGCCACAAUUGCCAGUCGAGGAGGCUCAUUCACCAGACAAGGAGACUCAAUCGCCAGUCGAGGAGACUCAGCUGCCGGAUCCGGAAGGUGAAGGCGCCACAGAACUUCAAGAAGAACAGGCCAGCGUGGUGUCUGCUACAGUUGAGACCAGCGAUCGCGCAAGUGACCUUGGGGACUUAUCCGUAGCUGCACGUGCACAGGAGGUCACAGGCCAGGACACCGAGCGAGACGUAACAGUAGCUCUUCCGAUCAACGCAACCGACACACAGCCUCAGCUAUCCGAGGUCGAUCAACCUUCGGAAAGUAUCCCUGCGGAGCCCAACACUGAGCAACAAGAGGCCAAGAAGAUGCCAGCCGUACCACUUCGUCCGGCAGCUGCAACGCCAAAGACGGCAGUCGCCCCCAACAAUGGCCUCUCGUCAAGCAUUGGCAGAAGCAGUAUGCUAAAAGAGAUGCGGGAUGAGGACAGAUCAGCGCUCCACCGGCCGGAUGACAGGGUGUUCUCUCCGCUCGCGUUGAAGGACAGUUCCGGCAGCCCCGUUGUUCCUCAGUCUACAGCUCUCACUGAAGACGAGUUCCAAGAUGUCCCUACUCCUCAAGAGCCGUCAUCCAGGAAGGCCUCGUCGACCACAGACCUGCUUGAGAAUGUCUCCAUGGCUCAGCAGAAAGCCAAAGCGAUGGCGAGGAGGCUUAGUGAGUCCUCUCUGUCUUCGCUUGCCGACAGCGAUGUCGCGGAGCCGAUGGAGGCAGAGGCGGAUGAUCCCAUGGAGGUCGAUGAAGAGGAGCCGCAGAAGAAAGGAAAGAAGGGUGUCGUGGCGCCUAAAAAGAAGCCGGCCACUAAGAAGGCGAAAGCCGUACUCCAGAAGAAGGCGGCUGCGAAGAAAGGGAAGGCCAAUCUCCAGAGUCGUCAGAACACUCGCAAAGCGGCAGCAAAGGAGGAGCCGCAGGAUACAAAGGAGACUUCAGCUGCAGGUGUAGAAGGUCCGCCUGAUGUCAAGACCGGCGUCACCGGUAAACGCAAACGUGCUCCUUCGCAGGGUUCCCCUAAGCCCGCCGCGAAAGGUCGAAACAAGAAGAAGCUGGCGUCUCCAGAGUCUGAGGAUGCCAUGGUGCUGGACGACCCGGAAGUCGAAGCUCAAGUAACAGUCGACGACGCAACGACAAGUACUGUGGAGAGGUCUGAACUCUCUGGCGGAGACUUUAAAGACGCCAUGAACGGCACCGGACACCAGCCAUUGAGUCAUGUACCACCUUCGCCCUUGCCAAUCGCAGCUCAGCCGAAGAAAUCUCGCAGGAUGCUCGCUGAACUCGCGGAUCAUUUGAACGACGUGCAGCCUGAAGUCACUAACGGCAGAGAGGGACGUCGCAAAGCACCGGUUAAUGCUCCAGCUCCCACAGCUCAAGCGAGCGAUCCCAUCACGAAGGCUGCCAAAGGGACCGCUAGCGGCAACGAAGCACCGCCCAUGGUCCAAGACCAGCAAGCACCGCCACCUCAAGAGACGCCCAAGCGCCAGAGGUACGGACUCAGCAAGCUGGAGCUCACCAACCUAUCAAGCCCUCUCGAAGCACCACCACCGAGUAUCCGUGCAGAGAGUAGCAAGCAAGAGACACCGAAGCCGGAAGUGAAGAAGAAAACUGUCGGUAGAAACCUGAUGGGCAAGCGUGAGCUGGCGGCGAUGGGGCUUGAAUCGGGCGAUACGGCAUCGAGCGUGCAGACGAAAGAGCGCAAGACGAGGGCGAAGGCGCAGGUUGAAGCGAAGGCUAAGCCGGAUGCUGGGGCGGCGGUGAAGGCGAGGCGGAAGGGGAAGGGAGUUUGA